AUGACAUUGCCAGAAACCAUUGAGAUUGCAAGGCUUUUGCCAGAAAAUAAGCUCAACAAAUGGAAAGAUGUUAUCGACACAUUUACUCUCUCUGAAUCAGAGUGUGACCACACGGAAAAUCAGUACAUAAACUGUACGAAUCUUUGUGAACCAGUCGAAAAAUCAGGUAGCCGUCAUUUCCGUUGCUCCUGUUCCGAUCCAACACCAACUCUAACGUACAAUAACAGACAAUGGACAUGCCAAGGAAAUGGCCAAGUCCGAAGCCAACUUGGUGAGUAAUUCGCACACUCACAUAGAAAUGUGUCAACUUCCUCAGCGCAAAAAAGUAUACGUGUUAAAGUUUCGCUCCAGCUAACAUGCAAAUUUUCAGAUUCCUUCUUUCGCCAAAAGCUGGUAAACUUUAUUCGAUACGGAGAGCAGCCACAACUCCAGCAACAAAUUAUGUUAGACGUUAAAUUCCCGCUAUUACGGACACCCACAAUCAAAAACACUAACUGAGCGUGCUGUAAGUGUCAACAAUAACCGAAGAUUACUUUUAUAGCUUGAGAUGUAGGAGCAAUUACUAUUCAUAGUAGUACUUAUCGCUCGAGUCAAAGACGGGGGGUGGGGGGAGGGGGAGGUCAUCGGUUACAUUUGAGCGGGAUUUUCUUUCUUUUUUUUUUUUAACCUUACUCAUAAAAUGGACCUACACAUGGCAGCUCCGGUAGAGGUAAUUUCUUACGUAUUCCGCCUAGCUUAAUUUCCAGAAUCUAGUAGCAUGCAGUUACUUUACAAUUUGCAAAUUACACUGCACAUGUAUGUCUUUCGUAUGUACAGUACCUACGUGACCAUGCGGUCCUUAUUCUUUUAUCCUGUGUUAAGGUUGUCGGGUCAGUACAUUAUUUCAAAAAGAAGAAGAUGAUGACCGUUUACGAAUGCUCAACACCGAUAGCUCGAGACCAACAAAUCUAAAUCGUGGGUUCUGCAGGGUCAGCUUGAACAAUUCAUGGUAUAUUGGUUGUCAUGGUGAGAAACUACCGCUGAAAGAAAAUAUUAAAUCAUUUCACCUUGAGUGGCGGGGACGUAGAUACCACAUACAGGUAAGGAAUAUCUAUAAUUACACCUCAGUGUAUCCUUAACAGUAAUAUUGCAAAGAGACAGUAAUAUUCUUUAUUUGUAUAUUAUUAUCUUACCAAUCGGGCCUAAGACUAUACGAUAUAUCAGUUGUUUUGUGUGCACUGCCCUAACCUGUUCACUUAGAAGGAAAUCUAUACCCCCAAACCCACUCCGCAAAAACCUCGCGAGCUGUAAAGGGACAACAGUAAUAAUAAAUGGAACCAAGCCAAAGGGGAAAUUUAUAAUAAAAACAAAACAAAACAAAACAAAAACAAAAAAAAAACAAAAAAACAAACAAACUAUAAGCAACCAAAAAACCAAACGGAAAAAACCUACACCACCUGCAGGUAAGAUCAACUCCUGGACCACUGCGCCGCGCUACCUGCCGUUAGUUUGUCAGGGAAAGCAUUUUAUUUCGGUAGCCGGAUGGAAAAUAAUAAUAAUAAUAAUAAUAAUAAUAAUAAUAAUAAUAAUAAUAAUAAUAAUAAUAAUAAUAAUAAUAAUAAAUAAUUAAAAAAGGUUCUCUCUCAGCUUAAACGGCUGAUCGAAGCACGCGUAACAUGAAGGUACAGCCAGAUUUCAGGGAAAAGCAAGGUUUUGACGGUAAAAAGCCAAACGGAAACGCACUUCCGACAAACGAACAUAUCCCGCGACCUAAACCGUUCAAUCGUCUGCGAAGUAAGACUCACUGACAAGUGUUCUUAAAUCUCAAUUUUCGCUCGAAUAUUUAUUUGAAGCUACUGGUUCAGAUUGCUUCAAUGUUCUCUGUAAAUUACUUUUGCCGUCGAAAUUUACCACCAAAAGCGUUUCUUGAUCGCCAAAAUGGCCUAAAAAAACAAUAAAGUGCACCUUGACGUCUCAAUCAAUAACGUCACUGUGACUACCAACCGGAAGUCAAGUUAUAUAAAUAUAAGCCGACUCGUGCUUCUGCCUCGCUGUGAAAUUCACGCCCGGCACACGUUCCACGCGCGAUGCGAAUUUCGACAAAAUUAUAUACCUUCGCUACGUGACGGGCCGUCACAGGAAUAAAAUGAGGUAAGUAGAACAAAAUACAGCGGAGAAGACUGGGGAGAGCGGCGCUGCUCUCCCCAGUUUCUGCUCGUUUUCUACAACGCUCUAUUGUUCACCCGUGCUCCACUGUCCGAACACCUUACACAAGCUAGGAACGUGGGCGGCGGUGUAUAGUAAUAUACUAUGUGAGAACCUGAUUGCAUUGUGGCUGAGUCGAUAUCCAAACCCUGAAUGUCCCAGGGUUGAUUAAAAAUUUAAGUACCGCGACAAACCUUCUGAGUAACUAAUAAAUAAACGUAUUCAAUUGAACCAGGUGUUGAACGACUCGUCAUUACGAGGCCGGAUCAUCAACCUUGGUAUAAACUGCUUCAGCACUGCUGGCCCUUACAGAGCAGGCUGUUUGCUAUUCAAACUGGAGGGAACGUUGUCCUGUAAGUUGACGUGAAAUCGUAUGAUAUUUUUCCAGUUUUGAGGCAAAAUGUACCUAUAUUAUCGUCCAUGUUGGCAGAUUUAAUUUACGUUAUAAUCAUUAGAAAAUAAUAAGCUAUCGCCGUAUCUCGUAAUUUAAUCAAGCCAGAAUCUUGCUAAUGAGAUAUGUUCUUACUAUUGUUUGAAUUUCACUUCUUGGCUUGCAAUUGUUCCAUAUGGAACGAUGUAUGAUUUUUUUUUCCCUGGACCCAUUUAGCUUCAGUGAUUCUGCUUCAUCAGUCAAUAAAGUAGAUGUAAUAAGUUGGUAAGAAAGAACGUCAGCAAAGAUAGAUCUUUCCACCGACAUCUCUUUUUGGAUUUUCCGAACAACACGAAUAGAGUUACACCAAAAAAUGUGACAUUUUGGGGAAUAAUCCAUUGCCAAUUUCGCUGCUUUACCUACUACUCUUUGAAGAUUAAAUUUGUCGAUUUUUUUCUAAAAAGUUAACCAGGCAUAAUUCCAUGCAAAAGAAAGACAAUAAAGUGGACAACAAAACUGCCUAUGAAGAAGAUAGCCAAAGGAAAAAAAGACAGAAAGAGCGAGAGAUAAAUAUCGACGUAGAUUCGCCAAAAAGGUCCACAGUCUAAAGUCCACAUAUUGGCUUGUGCGCAUGCGCGAAAAACAAAAAAAGCUGUGUAAUUACAUCUCAGUAGUCGGAAAAUAUACCUUUUUUGUUGCAAAACUCAUGUUCAGCCAUUCUUAUGCUGAUUAGCCGAAAACCAGUCCAAACAAGAGGAAUUGGUGAAAAAUGCGUUUUUUUCGCUAUUCGCUGGCCGUCACCAAAGGGUUAAAUACAGUUAUCUUGUUUUACGACAGGUCCGAUAAGGAAACCUCCCCUGUAUGGAUUUCAGUCUUCCACAGUUCCCACAGUAUCUCUUUCAUCGUCCAUAAAAACAACACCGCUAACGUCUACGACAACAUUAGAGUCUACAGCAACACUGGAGUCUACAGUAAAACUGGUAUUUUUUAGGCAUAUUUCAGUUCCACACCAAUAUAAAUUUAGUACUCACUGUAUAAGGGCUAUUGCCUCCCCCUUGUUUUUUUUUUUUUUUUUAAAAGGUUCCUUUAAAAAUGGCGUCAAGAUGACACCGAAACGUCGUUCGUUCUUACCCGCGUUAUUUUGUUUUGGUUGUUUCUUUAUAACUAAACCUUUCCUUUAAAAAGAAAAAAACCUUUUAUUUAUUUCUUUGACUCACAUUGACAAAGUUGGUGACAGAGCAAAUGAGAUAUAAUGUCGACAAACUGUUGUUCAUCCAUAUUUCUGGCCAAAACGUCUAUACCCGGUGAAAUGGUGGCUGUGUAAGGUUUAGACAUGAUUUGCAUAAAUCAAAAAGUUAAAGUGAACACAAUUUACCGGCCCAGACAGAGGCCACUUAAACUGACGUCAAAGAUCUCCAGCAAUGCUACAUCCAGUAAUACCCAAUAACAUAAUUAUAUACACCCUGAUGUAGUGCUUAGGACCUAACGCUAUUUUUUCACAGCAAUCCAAAGUUUGACUUUAAAAGAGCCGAAGGGUGGGGGAGAGGGUAGGAGUCCAACCACCACCACCACCAAACCCUUGCUUGUAUGUCCAACUAGGGUUAAAUAUCUUAUUUGAGACAAACUACCUCAGCAUAAGGUUUAGUAGAUCAACUAAACUGUCAAAAAGCAUAACAUAAUGAAAACUGAUUUUGUUGUUCCCUUAAUCUAGACCCCAACAAAGCCAAACACAGGAUUCACAAAAGAGAAGCAAAAGCAUGGCGAUACUAGCUCAUCCUCUUCACUGGAUCUCAUAGCAGGAGUGUCUGCUUCUAUAGCAACUGCUGUGCUGGUAAUUGCCAUGGUCGUACUUUACCGACGCCGGAAAUCUAGGUAAACGUUUAGUACUAGCGUUUAUUGUCAAGGUAAUGGUGACUACGGCUUGGUUCUAAAAGACCGAUUAGCGCUAACAAUGACAGGGUUAAAAUUUUAUUCCAUAACUUCAUUUUAUUUCCCUCGGAUUGUCUUUGGGUUAUUACAACUGAAUUUAACAUCUUUUAAUGAACCCGGCGCAGUUAAAGCCUUAUUUCAAUAACACGAAACUAAACAAUAUGCAUAGUAAAGGGGUUGAGCUUCAAGAACACACUGUGUUAAGUGUUUGACGCUACCUGAUGCUUGUUGGUAUACAAAUUUACAAUUAACAAAAAGAACCGACGAGGAAAGGAAAGUGUGAGAGAUGAACCAGGUACCAAAGAUUUGACCACGGCGAGAAACCCUAUUGAGCUACGAGGUCAGUCGAGAAUGGGUCGUGGGAAUCUAGUUAUUAAAAGUAGUAGCAAUAGUGGAUAUAUACCGUGUGGACAACUUUUGUGAGCUGCGUAACAGAAACAAUCUUGUGAAGUGACAAAAUGUGAAUUGCUCACAUUGUGCGCUGGAUAAGUUAUUCUGUUUUCCUGUGUUUACAGAAAGGGUGCUCAUGCAAGUACUGCUGAGGAAUUCAAAAAGGUACUUUUUGUACAUUAUGUAGUAGACUGAGAAAAUUGACUCCGUUUUUUGUCAUUAUCUAGAAAAAUGUCUACCAUUUAUGUCAAUGGGUUUAUGAAAGAGACCGUAGAUCAGAAAAUUUUCCAAUAACUAUAGCAAUUCUGACUAAUAAGUUGCAUUUCUUAAGGGAUGUUCUGCUUUAUCCUUUCCGCAUAUGUUGUUAAAUCAGAAGGCAAGUAAGGAGAUGUUGGCUGCUUACCAUUUACAAAAAGUUUCCGGAAAGUUUGGUCGGAAGUAACUGGAACACGACUUUUCGGGUCGUUUCGGAGGACAAUUUCCGGAAGACGGGUAGUCUGAAAAGGUGGUCCUGUUUUCCCGGUAGGAAUGUUCCAAACGGAAAUCCGUGUUCCAUUUCGUCAAAACCAGUUUCAGACUUUCGCGGCCGUAUUUCGGUUAAUGUAACUGAUUAGUGCAAAUGGCAAACGCAAUUCCCGGACGAAAUUUACCAGACUUGAUUUUUGCUUACCAUUUGUACAAACCAAGAGCCGACCGGUUUGCCCAUGUGAAUGGUAAACAACCAUUAUUUUUAUUUAUUCUUCCCUAGAAUGGAAACUCAGAGCAAAACGUAGCAUUUCAGCCGGACACUCAAAAUGAUUACCUACCAGACAGGAUGAAAGAGCCAGGUACGUAACAAAAGCUUAAAAAAUGUACUAGAAAAACAACCAUUAGUUAUUAGCAUUUGUUAGGGAGUAAAAGGUCCAGGUUGAUAAAACAGAUGUAUGGAACAGGCAUCACCUCUUGCGCGUUGUUGAUACAAAGUUGCGGCGGAUUCUAAAAGACAAAGGGUAGGGUAACAAUAGUCCUUUGUACUGCCAACGCAAAUUGCGGAAAACUGUGUGAAGUUAAUAUCGCAAUUGGUAUUCCAUGCCAUGGUAUUCGAAUUCCAGUAUUUUAAAAUUUAUUGUCAAAUUGCUAGGGCUUCAAUCAACCAACAACAGGCCAAAAGCCAUUCGGCUGACAAAACGUGUCAGUUCCAUGUCUAAAAUGACAUCUGCCAUGGUUGGAGAAAGAUCUGACUGUCUUGUAAUGCGAGGAAGGAGGCCUUGUGCCUCGCUUCUGUGACUUACAUGAACCGUGACAUAAAUGACACUUUCGUGACAAAUCACCCGGAUGACAGGAAACCCUCCUUUGCUGGUAGCUAGAGAAAUACAAUAAUGAUCAGUCUCGUUCAGCAUAAAACCAUUCAUUUCUUUCAGAAAUAAAUCGCAUAUUCCCUUUCAUCAUCGGUAGAUUCCACAGUUUACCCAGAAAGUUGUACUCAACUUACAUGUACUAUGACUUAUGGGCUUAACCAGUUUUCUUUUUACUGUUGCCAUUAUUUCACAUUAAAUUCAAACUUACAGGCAAUUCUCAAAUCGGGGAAGUCUAUGCUGCUCUUGAUGUCCCUGAGGGACACAAUAUUUAUGGUACCGGAAAUGUUGAUGAGCCAUUCUACAACUUGCUGCAAGAUCCUGCCCAGGACAAGGAAGAAGGA